AUGUCUUCCUUUUUGGUGACUAUCAACAUACUUCUACUUCUUCAUAGUGCAGCAAAUGCUGAGGAAUUGCGGGCUCACCCAUUCACUGAUGUUACCCUCUCUUGCCAUUUCUCCUUUGUGAAGGACACAGAGAAUCUUGAGUUUUCUUGGAAAAGAGAAGACAUCAUAGAGGAAUAUGAGGUAGAGGAUGACAAGGAAUAUUAUCGCUUUUUAAGGCAUUAUGACAUUUUUGAAGUUUUCUCGAAGUUGGUUUACCAGUUCCACAAUAAUACAGAGCAGUUGGAGGACCAGAACUCCCUAUAUGAAGGAAGGGUCUCUGUGGAUCGAGAUGAAAUCUUUGAGGGGACUCUAUCACUUUUGUUAAGAAAUGUGGAUUUCUUGGAUGAAGCUGUGUACAAGUGCUCAGCUAUCACACCAGAUGGAAGAGGGGAAAGUACAAUUAAACUAAUAGUAGAAGACUCUGAAAUGCCCCUGGUGCAGUUCAGUAGAAUGGGCGAUGAAGACGUAGCCACUUGUAUCUCCAAGGGCUGGUAUCUCGCACCCAACGUGACAUGGCUGGACCGUGCAGAGAGAGACCUGAGCAACCACAGCACAGUGGAGGUCCUCGAGGAGCAACUGAAUGGCUUCUACAGGGUGUUCUCUGUCCUGAAAUACCCUGUCAGGCUCCAUGAGAAAUAUGUGUGUUACAUAACAGAGACGGACGUGAAUAACCAGCCUUUCCGGAUCAUCCGCAAGUAUCCAAUUCCCUGA